CCGCCCCCUCCCCGAACAAUAACGCUCUCCGCCGCGGCCUGUCAACUCCCACUCCGACCUCAGGUGCGCCGCCGUCGAGUUGCCGUCGCCGCCGCCGGGUCCGUCCCCCUCGGAGCCGCCUCCUCUUUGGCUGACGGGAAGGGAAGAGGAGGAGGAGGAGGAAGGGGAAGCGAAAGCAGCCGCCCACAGAGAGACACAUUUCCCUCACAGGCGGAGAGAGAAAGGGAGCAAAGAAGGACGGAAGCCCUCAGGGUGACGGCUUAUGGUGUUUCCAAGCUGAGAUAAUCAAAAUUGAAUACUCAGUGAGCCAGGAGCCAACCUUCAUGCUUUCCCCAAACUCUGGAUUACAUCUUUGAUUUCAUCUCCCGUUCUCGUAGCCUGAGGUGACUAGGCAAACAGACGUCUCAGGAACUGGAAAGAAGGGAAUGAACCGUGAGGGCGUCCCCGGGAAGAGUCCGGAGGAGAUGUAUAUACAACAGAAAGUGAGAGUCCUACUUAUGCUUAGGAAGAUGGGGUCAAAUUUAACCACCAGUGAGGAAGAGUUUUUACGGACGUACGCAGGGGUAGUGAAUAGCCAACUUAGCCAACUCCCUCAGCAUUCUAUUGAUCAGGGUGCUGAAGAUGGGGUGAUGGCGUUUUCCAGAUCAGAGACUGAAGACAGAAGGCAGUAACUCGGAAGGGCUGCUUGAGCAAUAAAUAGCCGGAGCGGGGCAAACAAGGCUCUGGGAGAUCACGGAAGAUGGCUGGACACUCAUGAGUCCCCUUGCCCUCCUCGGUUUUUGUGUUGUCCUGUGAUCGCCUCCCCUACUACCCUGACUUCAACCUCCCUCUUGCCCAGCUUUCCGAAUGCUGUCCGCAGCCAUCUGUUCUGUGUCCCCUCUUGUCGGCUCUGCGGGACAGCAUUAAUCCAGGACAACGCCGGGAGUACAUUUGUGAUUGGCUCCAAAAAAAGGGGGGGAAAUGGGGCUCUGAUUGGCAGGCUAAAGCGAGGAAACUUGACUCGUGGAAGCAUUCCACACCCCUGAUUCUUAAUUUUGUGUUUUUAAGAAUUGUUGCUGACAUCCUGCUUCUAACAGCCUUCAAGCUCUGGUGCUUUUUUAGGUCAUGCUGGUGUGUGUGGUUUGUAUUUUGUUUUUUGGAGAGAGGCUUGGAAGCGGAACCCGGCUGCUUCCCGAAUGAGUGGCUUGCAGGUGUUCUGCUGACAUCAGUGUUUCUUGGCUCAAAAUCAGGGCGGGGAGUGGGGGGGGGGGAAUAGAGUAGAGGGAAUUUGACAUAUUUAGGGUUGUGUUGGGAAGGGGAGACGUUUUGCCGUAUUUAUUACACGCUUGCUCGCUUUUAAAACAAAACUGGCUUAACUAUUGGCUGCAAAGUCACCGCUGUGAUCGAUGCAUCCACUUGUUAGCUUCUGUACUCUCUUAAUUCUUCUUGAGGGAUUGAUACUCUAAGGCAUGUUAGCUUUCACUGAAGCCUGUCCAGACACAGAAGAGAUGGCCAGGAACCCUCCUUUUGUGUAGAAUCAUGACUGUGGAUCUUAGUGGAAAUGGGCAGCUCUUUCACACCUUCUCAAAGGCCUGGGACUUUAGUUGUGCCAUAAAUCUGUGAUAUGUGAAAUCUGUGAUAUGUCAGCCCAGCACAGACCAUGGUCUCUUAAAAUCUGGAAAUUGAUUCAGGGAUGGGAACAGGGUAAACACAAUACUUUAGGUAGCCUUGGGCUAAUACAUGCACUGAUUUGUUAGGUCUUUCUUUUUUCUGGCCAUUGAUCCCUUGGACAACAGUGUUAACUGUCAGAGUAAUGCGCACAGCGUAGCAGCAGAUGUAUGACGUCAGUUGAGCGUAGAACGAAGGGACGUCAGAGACGAUGUAAAAAGUAUUUACAAAGUUUACUGAACAAAACAAACAGACUUGCAGACAAUGGACAUAAGACUUUCGCUCUAGACAAACAGCACAGAUCUUCUCAGCAGGCAGAACAGAACUCAUCUGAUGCAAUCAGCUAUAUACAAACACACUUGUAGUCUGGACACUCCUAUCUGGCUCCAGACACAUAUCCAAGGUCAAUACAGCUUCUUACCAACUUAACUCUUUACACACUAUAGCAUUUCCUGGAUGAUGCAAUACAUGCUAGACACAAAUUUCAUUUAAACACUACCAAUACACAAAUCCCACAUUAACAUUAACUUCUCCAAAGUUAAUGUUACCUUCUCCAAAGGUUUUGAGGAGUUGCAGGCACUCUUAGCCAAAUCCCAAAUUAUUGAGUUGCCAGCAUUAUUUUGCUACCUGCCCCGACUUGCCAGGAGCCUUCAAUUUCUUUCAUGUUCCAUGUGCUUCUUCUCUUGUGGUGACAUGACUUUUCCCCAUACUUCCAGAUGGGCUGCGCUAAUAAAGUAUUCCAGAAAAAAUAUACUUAAUUUUGCCUUUUCCCUUGUCUUUGGGACAGGGGCACUUGCCUAGAGAAAGGAGUUGGAGGACAUGGCUCCCAUUUGGCACAAGGUUUCCAGAGCUUUGUGGUUACAAAGAUGUUGAAGUGAUGGCAGGGAUUGAGGGAAAUUAGACUGUAGCAAACAGAGGCCUCUUCUCACUAAGCAUUGUCAUGUUUUCAUUUUGAAAAACAAAGAGAUACGAUUCUCCCAAGGAAACUAGCAAUAAGUUCAGUUCAUUUCUUCAAUUCACCUUUUACUCCUGAAAAAUAUUUCUCUUUUCCAAGGCGGGAAGCUCUUCCCAUUUCAUCAGUGUUGUGAUGUGACAAAAGUAACCAAUUCCCCCCUCAUUUGGGCUGCGGAUCCACCAUUGCCAGGACCACCUCACCCUCAUCCUAACCAAUGCCAUCUUGUGCCACUGGGUGAGCUUUGUUAUAAUUUAUUUGCCUGUUUUGGGUUGUUUUUUUAUUACUGAAAUGCUGGAGAGUUGAUGGGAAAAGGGUCCAGGAUCGGCCAUGCUACUCCGUUCCCUUUUGCGCAGUUUCCCAGCCGCUUGUGAACCUCACUCCCCUUCAACUCAGUCUGUCUUUUGUCUUGUCCUUCUCCCUCCCUUACAAACGUCCCGCCCCUCAAUAUUUUUGUAAAGCCAUAAAAAGGCUGUUUCACCUUGCCUCCAACCUACCCCUGUCUCCUAUGCAUGCAUUUGUACCUAUACCUGUUGCAUAGGGGAUGAGACUUUGCACACUGGUGCUGCUUGGGGGCUGGUGCAAAGGAUGAAAUGCUCUCUGGAAAUAAAGCCCUCUGGAAAGUG